AUGUCCGAGAAGCCGAAGUACAAGUAUAUUUUGUACAGUUACUUCCGCAGCUCCUGCUCGGCCCGGAUUCGCAUCGCAGCCAAUCUAAAGAGCAUUCCACUCGAGUACAAAUAUAUCCACUUGGUCAAAGGCGAGCAGCAUGGCAAAGACUAUGUUGCCUUGAACCCAAGUGAGUCUGUGCCUACUCUGAUCGUGAACGACAUAGAAACGGGCAACGAAGUCACCCGGAUCAGACAGUCGGUAGCCAUCUUGGAAUUCUUCGAGGAGGUUGAACAGCGAAAUGAGGUCAAGCUGCUUCCCGGCCCAGAUGAUGGAGUGGCAAGAGCCAGGGUCAGGGAGCUGGUGAAUAUUGUGGCUUGCGAUAUUCAACCCGUCACGAAUUUACGUGUGUUGAAUUUCAUCAAACCUCUCAACAUCGAGGCCAAGCAGUGGCAGCAGCACUUCAUGGCCAUGGGGCUCCGAGCAUAUGAGGAACUGGUGAAGGCCUAUGGCGGCAAGUACAGUGUUGGUGAUACAGUGACUAUGGCAGACUGCUCCCUUGCUCCAGCAAUAGAUGGUGCUCUCAGAUUUGGUGUGGACGUCCAAGGCCAAUUUCCGCGUAUGUGGAGGGUCUGGGAAGAGAUCAAGCAGUUGGAUGCGUUCAAGAAUGGGAGGUGGGAUAACCAGGAAGACACUCCGGAAGAUCUCAGGGCCAAAGAGUAA